AUGGCGAGAAAUGCGGGUCUUAUGGGUUUGGCAGCUACUGCCAUUGCUUUGGGUGUCAAUGAUGUGGGUAGGUAUUUGAGAACCAUCUUACCUCCUGUAUUAGCAUGUUUUGGAGAUCAGAAUGAUCAAGUUAGAUUCUAUGCUUGUGAAAGUUUAUACAAUAUUGCCAAGAUUGCCAAAGGUGAAAUUUUAGUAUACUUUAAUGAAAUAUUUGACGUCCUUUGUAAGAUAAGUGCAGACACUGAAAAUUCUGUCAGAGGUGCAGCUGAAUUAUUGGAUAGAUUAAUCAAAGAUAUUGUGGCCGAAAGGGCAUCUAAUUAUGUCAGUAUAGUGAACAAUAAUCCAAGAGACAUUCCUCCAGUGAUAAAUAUGGAUCCAUUAUCGGGUAAUGUUUACCAAAAUCAAUAUAAACAAGAUGAUAACCUGGCGUUUUCCUUACCAAAGUUUAUCCCACUGUUAUCAGAAAGAAUAUAUGCAAUUAACCCAGAUACGAGAGUGUUCUUAAUCCAAUGGUUAAACGUUCUUCUUAAUACACCAGGAUUAGAGUUAAUGGCUUAUCUUCCAUCAUUUCUGGGUGGAUUAUUUACAUUUCUGGGCGAUUCUCAUAAGGAUGUAAGAACAAUGACGCAUGCAUUAAUGGAUAUCUUGCUUCAUGAAGUGGAACAGAUAUCACAGUUACAAUUGAGUACAAGACAACGACAACUGGAAACAACAAAAGCAUUAUUAGAAAAGAAACUGGAAAAAUUACCUCCCAUUAAUAAGAAAAAUGAUGGGGCCUUAAUUGCAGAGAAGAAAAAAUCAUUAUUAAACGCCCUUGAAGAAUUAUCUUCAAAUGAUAGUAAUGUAUCCGAGAAAAAUAGCACAUCUCUUGUCAAGGACUCUUCUGUGAUUCAAGAGGAGUCACAUGAUGAACUCAACGAUAUUGAACAUCUUGAAUUAGAUUCACUUCGUGACGGUGAGGAGUACAUUCCUGGGCAAGACAUUCAUUUGAAUUUUCCUGAAAUAAUCGCCAUCUUAGUUAAUAAUUUGGCUUCUUCCGAGACUGAAAUUCAAUUAAUUGCAUUACGUUGGAUGGAUACUAUCCUAUCAAUUUCUGCUAUUGAUUUCAUUCCCUUUUUCUCAAAUAUUCUUUCAGUGUUAUUAAAGUUGUUAAGUGAUUCAGAUCCUCAUGUUAAUGAAUUAGCGCAUAGUUUUAAUGGGAAAUUACUUUCACUAUGUAGUAACCUUGACCAGGCUGAAAGUGAUAAGAGCAAUAUUGCAUAUGGCUCCAUCCUCAAUAAUCUUACGUUACAAUUUUUUGAUGGCCAAGUGGAGGCGAAAGUUGCAUAUUUAGACUGGUUAUCUUUAAUAUAUCAAAAGGCGCCUAAUCAGAUCCUAGAACAUAAUGAUAGUUUGUUCUUAACCCUCUUGAAAUCAUUAUCUCAUCAAGACACUAGAUUAAUUGAAAAAGCCCUUGAUUUAUUGAAAAACCUGUGUUCGGAUUCCAAUGACGAUUAUUUAAAGAAAUUUUUACAGGAUUUCUUGAAUCUUUUGAAAAGAGACUCGAAACUUUUGAAGACAAGAGCAAAUUAUAUCAUCGGGCAGAUAUGUGUGAAACUGUCACCUGAACGUGUUUACCGUACCAUUUCAUCAUUACUAAAUUCGUGCGAUGAUCUUAUAUUCGUUAGGAUGAUGAUUCAAAUAUUGAGUAAUAUUUUAAUUACCUCUCCAGAAAUGCAUUAUUUGAGAAACAAAUUACGAUCUGGCGAUGAUAGAAUAUUGUUUAAUAUUCUAUUCAAAUCAUGGUGUCAUAACUCUGUUUCCCUUAUAUCAUUAUGUCUUGUGUCGGAAAGUUAUGAAUUGGCCUAUUCUGUGCUGCAAAAUUAUGCCAAUUAUGAGAUAAAAGUUAGCGAUUUGGUCCAAUUAGAUAUCCUAGUGCAACUUUUUGAAUCUCCCGUCUUUACGAGAAUGAGAUUACAAUUAUUAGAACAACAGAAGUACCCAUAUUUGUAUAAAUGUCUAUAUGCCAUUUUGAUGAUUCUUCCGCAGACAAAGGCUUUUGAAAUUUUGAACAGAAGACUAAGCAGUGCAAACAUUUGGAUAUCCCAACCGUAUCCUAACUUGGGUAUGACGAAGACUAGGAACUCGUCGUCAUCAUCUGUUGGAAUAAAUGGUUCAAACAUUUCUGAUAUAUCACAACGUAGUGUCAGUCAAAAUAAGCUUUAUUACCAAGAAUUACUAGAUCAUUUUAAUAACACAGUAGAGAAAGAGCAAGCAUAUUUGGAAAAUCCUGUGUCUUCCAAAGAACCUGACUUGCCACUAUUGGGCACAUUUAUGGACGUUCCUGAAGAUCGAUCGUUUGCCUCUUCAGUGGCAGCUAAAGUUCUGACACCAAGUAUGGGCGGUAGCAUUCAUGCUGAUGAAGCUGGUGUUCAACCGAUUGAUAAUAGCUCUGUCAUAUACCAACCUACACCAUCUGCCAGAGGUAGUACUAGAUCAAUAAAUACUGGUACAUUUAAGACCACGGCAAGUCAGGAAAGAUAG